AUGUCCACGCCUACGAGGCAGCUCCGUGGUCUCUCCAUUCGUGGAGACUCGCGAGAGACUGCUGCGAUCGAGCCUGAGACCGAGACCGACAGAGAAGUUUUUCCGGCUACUACGCGCAAACGAUUCAAGGACACGACGAUGGCUGCGACUGACCCUCUGUUCGACCUGUCUGCUGUCAGGUCUUCUGCGGGGCUCCUAUAUGACCUCACACAAUCGGCAUUGGAUGAUGAGACAAAGGCGAGAGCUAUCCUCGGACUGACGACUGGAUUCGAUGUGCGAUGGUGCUCUUCCUCUCUAACAGGGUGGGAGUUUGUCAUUGGGAAGCAGGUGCGUGUUCGCAUCGGCUCUGACUCUUCUCGGCGCAAGGAUGCGAGAGGUGGUCAGUACACGUGUACCUGUGCGGUGUUUCGGACGAAGCCUGAUGUUGCAUGUCAGCAUAUCUUUUGGCUACUCGACCAGCUUCGCGGCUACUUUGCUUCCACACAGACCCCUUCCCAUCCCCAGUCGACCAGCUACCUCCCAUCUCGAGACGGACACGUGCAGAAGCUUUCGCAGACGGAGCCGCGGAUCGAGCACCUUAUAGACCUUGAUGACAAUGGGCCGGACACAAUAGAGGCUAUAGCGGAUCGCUUAAAGUGGCCGUAUAUGCACUCCGAUAAUGAAGGCCACAUGACCCGUGUGCAAAGGGUUCGGGAUAUUCUAUCUGCAUUUAGCACCGAUGUUCUUCCAGAGGAGUUUCGAGUCGAUCUUGUCGAGGUUGACGAAGACGAAGACGGAUACGAAGACCAGGUACUUCCCGGGACUCGUAGGACACCAGAGCAAUGCGUCGUCCAGGGAGACUUUGAGGCAACAUUACUCCGACUAGCCGUACAUGACGACGAGGUCUUUGCAAGUCUUCGCAAGGCCAUGCCCCCCGGAGCCUGUGCAGCGAUAUACUUUGACAAGGUCCUUGAUCGGUCCAGGAAGCUGCUCGCCGAUUUCGACCGAUUCUGCUGGGACUACGGCCGCCCGGGCGAGGACAAGGCGAGAAAUCAUGUUAGCAUUUACGCCGUCGUGGAGACCCUUCGAAGAAGUGUCGACAGCGUUCACGACAACAUCCUCUCUCGAGACCCCCACGGCAGGCUCGGCGCCGUCAAGACACUCGUCACGCUCCUCGGAGACAUCAGCAACAGGAACAAAGACGCACUGGAUAAUAACAAAUACGGCCAGACAUCCUUCGCAAAUGAAGAUGAAGACACGCGGAACAUCUACCACCAGCUGAUUGGGACAACGGAUGAAACGGAAUCAUACUUUAUCCUUGACGCCCUAGAAUGCCUACCGGGUGCGGAUCUCCACCAGUUCAAAAGCCAGCUAAGGGCUAUACUGAAUAGGAAUGAAGUCAACCGAGCGCCGAGGGCUUACAUACUAAAACUCGACGCCCUCGUCCGCGCCGCGGAGGCUGGAGAAAUUGGCACAGCGACGGGUGGAAUCGGUGUAGGGCUAGCGAGGAAACGUUCUGCUGGAGGGCGCGAAGGUGCGCAGGGUGAGGGGAGUGGGAAGCGAUUGCGAUGA